GUCGGAGGUCUCUCUGUCUCCCCCUCCCGUUUCUACUUUAUUUCUUUUCUGUGUUAUUCUCCUCAGUUUCUCGCAGUUUAAAAUGGCGACGUUGAGUAGCGCCGAGUCCCCACCGUCCGUCUUCAACGGAGACGCCAUGGACCGGGACCCGGACCGGGAGCAGAGGCUGGCCGAACUGGGGACGGGGCUUGAAUCCAUUGGCUCUGGGGGGAUCCCUGGGGGAAACCAGGACAUCCCGGAGGAGGUGUGGAAUAUCAAGCAGAUGAUUAAACUGACUCAGGAACAUAUAGAAGCUCUGCUGGAUAAGUUCGGGGGAGAACACAACCCUCCAUCAAUAUACCUUGAGGCUUAUGAGGAGUACACAAGUAAGCUUGACGCCCUGCAGCAGCGCGAGCAGCAGCUAUUGGAGUCCAUGGGAAAUGGUACAGAUUUCCCCAGCCCCACCCUCACCCCCACCCUCAUCGAUGCCAAGCUAGCAGGGGCGGCAUGCUUCCCUGUGGCGCCCAACACCCUCGCUGUCUUGCAGACCCCCUCCGAUGGAGCCUGGAAUAACCCCAAAUCACCCCAGAAACCUAUAGUCCGCGUCUUUUUGCCCAACAAGCAGAGAACCGUGGUCCCAGCGCGCUGCGGGAUGACAGUACGGGACUCUAUCAAGAAAGCCUUGAUGAUGAGGGGUCUCAUUCCCGAGUGCUGUGCAGUCUACAGAAAACCAGAGGGAGAGAAGAAGCCGAUCGGCUGGGACACAGAUAUUUCCUGGUUGACUGGGGAGGAGCUACACGUGGAGGUGUUAGAAAAUGUGCCGCUAACAACCCACAACUUUGUGCGAAAGACCUUUUUCACUCUGGCUUUCUGUGACUUCUGCCGAAAGCUUCUAUUCCAAGGGUUCCGCUGCCAGACGUGCGGCUACAAGUUCCACCAGCGCUGCAGCACAGAGGUGCCACUCAUGUGUGUCAACUACGACCAACUAGACUUGCUACUGGUUUCCAAGUUUUUCGAACACCACCCCAUCACACAGGAGGAGGUUUGCUCAGAGGGGACCACACCAGUGUCUGAAGUCUGUCCGUCACCCCCUCCCUCCAACUCCAGCGGGUCUUUGUGCAACCCCACAACUUCACCUUCGAAGUCCAUCCCCAUUCCUCAGUCAUUCCGGCCAGGAGAUGAAGACCACCGGAACCAGUUUGGACAGAGAGACCGGUCAUCAUCCGCUCCCAAUGUCCACAUCAACACCAUAGAACCGGUCAAUAUUGAUGAUUUGAUUAGAGAUCAAGGGUUACAGAGGUCAGAUGGAGCCCCCCAGACCCAACCAGCUCGCUGCUUGAGGAAGUUUCAAACCCGGACCACAAGCCCCCUCCUAUACUCCUACCCCAAUGACAUUGUCUUUGAUUUUGAACCUGGUCCUGUAUUUCGAGGCUCAACAACAGGUCUCUCAGCUACACCCCCCGCCUCUCUCCCAGGCUCUUUGACGAACGUGAAAGCGUUGCAGAAAUCCCCUGGCCAGCAAAGAGAACGCAAGUCGUCCUCCUCCUCUUCUGAGGACCGCAAUAAAAUGAAAACCCUUGGUCGACGGGAUUCCAGCGAUGACUGGGAGAUCCCCGAAGGACAAAUCACUUUGGGUCAGAGGAUCGGCUCGGGAUCCUUUGGAACUGUCUACAAGGGGAAAUGGCAUGGUGAUGUUGCUGUGAAGAUGUUGAAUGUUACUGCUCCCACUCCUCAACAGUUGCAGGCUUUUAAAAAUGAAGUUGGAGUACUAAGAAAAACGCGGCACGUCAACAUCCUGCUCUUCAUGGGCUACACCACCAAGCCCCAGCUGGCUAUUGUAACGCAAUGGUGUGAGGGCUCCAGCCUCUACCACCACCUCCACAUCAUUGAGACCAAGUUUGAGAUGAUUAAACUCAUUGACAUUGCACGGCAGACAGCACAAGGAAUGGACUAUUUGCACGCAAAAUCCAUCAUCCACAGAGACCUCAAGAGCAACAAUAUUUUCCUACAUGAAGACCUGACGGUGAAGAUUGGUGAUUUUGGGCUGGCGACGGUGAAAUCACGGUGGAGUGGCUCUCACCAGUUUGAGCAGCUCUCUGGAUCAAUCCUUUGGAUGGCACCAGAAGUCAUCCGCAUGCAGGAUAAGAAUCCGUACAGCUUUCAGUCUGAUGUGUAUGCCUUCGGUAUCGUGCUGUAUGAGUUAAUGUCAGGACAGCUCCCCUACUCCAACAUCAACAAUCGGGAUCAGAUCAUUUUCAUGGUAGGACGAGGGUACCUCUCCGCAGACCUGAGUAAAGUGCGCAGUAACUGUCCCAAGGCAAUGAAGAGACUAAUGGCAGACUGCUUAAAGAAAAAACGAGAGGAGAGGCCACUGUUUCCACAGCUACUGGCCUCCAUAGAACUGCUGGCUCGCUCCUUACCCAAAAUCCACCGCAGCGCAUCUGAGCCAUCGCUGAACCGGGCUGGGUUCCAGACGGAGGACUUCAGCCUGUAUGCCUGCGCCUCCCCCAAAACACCCAUCCAGGGAGGGGGCUAUGGAGAGUUUGCAGCCUUUAAGUAGCAGAGCAGAUUCCGCCAGUACAUCCCUUGUCACUUUUUAAAGUCUUGUGUUCCUACAGUGGGUUCAUCCAUUUAAAAUUAAUUCCAAGAAUGUGCUGUUCUCUUCCUCUCAACCUGAAGAAGAACCCUGCUGGAACAGCAAACAAGAACCAAAAACUUUCUGAAGAGAAAUCACAAUUUAAAAACAAAACAAAAAAGAAAUAAAAUGAAGUCAACAACAAAAAAUAAACAAUCAAACAAGCGAAUCAGUGGAAGAAGUCUGUUUGGAGCCAGACAUGUGUACUUGCUGGUUUCCCUUCAGAAAAUCUGAAAAAAAAAAUGGUGACUGAGGCAUGGAAAGGAAGGAAAGAAAGAUGGAAAGGCGUUCGGACCACAAGAGUUUGAGAGGAACUGCCUCCCUUUUGGGGGUGCAUGGUGGCGAAGCAGUGUCUUGUUCUUGGAUCCGCAAUUUGGCGUUUGGCAGCGAUAGAAGAUGGAGCCAAACGCUGGCUGCUGAACGGACGGAAUCGGUCGACAGGCCUGCAUCGUAUCCAAUCCCUGCGUUGGUGGUUCGCAGAGUGGGGAUCUGUUUUCAAGAAUGAUUUCUUUGGCGGUGGGGGGUGAUGAGGGGUGUUGGUUUGCUUGUCUUCUAUUUGUUUUGAGGAGAGAUGAUCCCUAAAGACUUUUUCACUUGAGAAAAGAAAUUCCUGAAUCCUGUAAGAGGAGGAAAAAUUAAAAUAAUAAUUCCAGUCCAUUCCACAAUAGGUACAUAUGAGUAAUAGAAUUAACAAGUUCUCAAGGUUUACCCUGUGCUAGACAAGCACACAAUGGAUCAUUUCCAGACUUUUGCUCUCCUUUUUAGGCCCUACUAAAAAGGGGGCUAUCGCAUCCUCCCGUUCUACCUAUUUUCAAAUGGACUCUGCUACCAUACUUCACCCACAUUGGAAUGUGCACUGGAAGUGAACUGAGCAAGCUCCCAUUCAUUGUUGGUGGUUGUGCCUUUUUUUGUUUGUUAUUUUAAAAUAUGUGGCUAACUUAACAUUCCAAGAUUAUUAUUAUUAUUAUUAUUAUUAUUAUUAUUAUUAUUAUUAUUAUUAUUAUUAUUUAUUGCUAUUAUUUCUGGACAGGCAGGCCUGUAAAGCCGGAAUUAUUUAUCUGACUUUUUUUUUUUUUUAAACUAUGUACAUGUCAACUAGAUAAGGCAUGUCAGUGAACUUGGCAUGUUUCAGUGGGGAGUGAAGGGGAAGGAUGGAUAAGGAGGGUGCUUGUUCUUGUAUAUUAUGGCAGGGUGCUGCAGUAGAUGUGAAAAUCAUUGGUUUGUUUACUCCCAAGAGUAAUGCAAUCUACAAGGAAUUCAGUCUGAGGAAUGGAGGAGAAGCUUGCAUUCCUGGUUGUGUUCUCCCCUUGAUUGUCUACAUCCCUUUAUUAGACAGAAGGAGAGAGAGGGCUGGGACAGCCCAAAGUAUUUUACAACCCCUCCUUCACUUCUAGUCUUAUUAACCUGAGGAAGGCCUGGUCUUUUGCUGCUCACGUAGCUUAAAACCAGAAAAUAAAUACAGUUUCUGUAAAAACUGUCGCAAAAAAGGGCAGGCUUGGCCUUUUGAAUGAAUGCAUUCCCCAUCAUGUUCUGGGCUGUGUGGAUGGGUGUGUCUUUGUUUUGAAUGAAUGCAUUCCCCAUCGUGUUCUGGGCUGUGUGGAUGGGUGUGUCUUUGUUUUGAAUGAAUGCAUUCCCCAUCGUGUUCUGGGCUGUGUGGAUGGGUGUGUCUUUGUUUUGAAUGAAUGCAUUCCCCAUCGUGUUCUAGGCUGUGUGGAUUGGUGUGUCUUUGUUUUGAAUUAAUGCAUUCCCCAUCGUGUUCUGGGCUGUGUGGAUGGGUGUGUCUGUUUUGAAUGAAUGCAUUCCCCAUCAUGUUCUGGGCUGUGUGGAUGGGUGUGUCUUUGUUUUGAAUGAAUGCAUUCCCCAUCGUGUUCUGGGCUGUGUGGAUGGGUGUGUCUUUGUUUUGAAUGAAUGCAUUCCCCAUCGUGUUCUGGGCUGUGUGGAUGGGUGUGUCUUUGUUUUGAAUGAAUGCAUUCCCCAUCGUGUUCUAGGCUGUGUGGAUUGGUGUGUCUUUGUUUUGAAUGAAUGCAUUCCCCAUCGUGUUCUGGGCUGUGUGGAUGGGUGUGUCUUUGUUUUGAAUGAAUGCAUUCCCCAUCGUGUUCUAGGCUGUGUGGAUUGGUGUGUCUUUGUUUUGAAUUAAUGCAUUCCCCAUCGUGUUCUGGGCUGUGUGGAUGGGUGUGUCUGUUUUGAAUGAAUGCAUUCCCCAUCAUGUUCUGGGCUGUGUGGAUGGGUGUGUCUUUGUUUUGAAUGAAUGCAUUCCCCAUCGUGUUCUGGGCUGUGUGGAUGGGUGUGUCUUUGUUUUGAAUUAAUGCAUCCCCCAUCAUGUUCCUGGCUGUGUGGAUGGGUGUGUCUUUGUUUUGAAUGAAUGCAUUCCCCAUCGUGUUCUGGGCUGUGUGGAUGGGUGUGUCUUUGUUUUGAAUGAAUGCAUUCCCCAUCGUGUUCUGGGCUGUGUGGAUGGGUGUGUCUUUGUUUUGAAUGAAUGCAUUCCCCAUCAUGUUCUAGGCUGUGUGGAUGGGUGUGUCUUUGUUUUGAAUGAAUGCAUUCCCCAUCGUGUUCUGGGCUGUGUGGAUGGGUGUGUCUUUGUUUUGAAUUAAUGCAUCCCCCAUCAUGUUCCUGGCUGUGUGGAUGGGUGUGUCUUUGUUUUGAAUGAAUGCAUUCCCCAUCGUGUUCUGGGCUGUGUGGAUGGGUGUGUCUUUGUUUUGAAUGAAUGCAUUCCCCAUCGUGUUCUGGGCUGUGUGGAUGGGUGUGUCUUUGUUUUGAAUGAAUGCAUUCCCCAUCAUGUUCUAGGCUGUGUGGAUGGGUGUGUCUUUGUUUUGAAUGAAUGCAUUCCCCAUCGUGUUCUGGGCUGUGUGGAUGGGUGUGUCUUUCUUUUUGGAGGGUAGAGUAGGUCUUUGUUAGGAGAUUGGGGGGGGGGGGGGGAGGAAGAGUAAGGUUGUUGAUUUGAAUUCCCUUUUAGUUUCACUGAAGAUAUUACAAAUACUGAAAUGUGUACAUUUUGUAGGGAAUGUAUUACGUUUAUUUGAAAGAUGAGGGACUGAUGGUACUUUUGAACUCACCGCACCGGUUUCUUUAGGAACUGGCAGCACCAGAGACUGAAGCCCUUUAUCUAUCUAUCCACAGUGAAGGUACAGCACAACAAAGGAUGGCGUGCUUGUGGAAAACGAGGGAUUGAAGCCCCUUGUUGAUUUUAGAAUAGGUUUACCACAGGCUAGACUAGACUUAGACCACCUUCCAUGAAGACAGAUUUGAACAUUGGUCUCCUGUAGUAAGCUUGAGCUUAGACCACAUAUCUCUAAUAAAAUAAUAAAUGAUAGUGAUACUAAGUGAUAAGUACAAGUGAUGUCGGGGGUGGGGGGUGACACUGGCAAUAGGGUGUCAUGCCAAGACAGCAUUGAUUCACAUUGAGUUUACAAAGGGAUAAAAUUGUUCUAGAUUGAUGCAUGACCAUUCAUCAAUGAUUACCAGCUCUAAUUCUUUCAUAGAAGGUGGGUAGCAAUGCUGUUCUUCAUAGACUACUCCCCUUUAGUUACUCCAUGCUGUUCACCGUAGUCAUAAUGUUUAAGACUUCCUUUUUUCAGUCUUGGGUACAAAUGCACCUGUGAACCAAACAUUUACUUUCAUCCCACUAUCAGUCUGUCAGGCCUUAUGUCUUUUGCAUUAUGUCUGAAAGUGACUUGCUGCAGGGAGAUGCAUCUUUUAUAUAUUAUAGAAUAUAUGUCAGUCAUUCUGUUUGCCAUUGUGUGCUAUGUAUCACUGGUGUGUUUUUUUUCUUUUUGGUCACAACUCCCAAGGAAAUUGCUAAUGUUUGUCUGCUGUUUGGUUUAUUGUUAAUCUUCAGAUUAGGUGUGUCUGUCAUAGUAGCAGUGAGGAAGUGAGUUAAACACAGGGAGCUUUGGCAUCAGUUAGAGAUGUAUAGCAGCCUUGUAUCAAAACGCCUUAAAAUUAGAGAUCAGAGGUAAGCAGCCUUAUCCGAGAAAGCAUUAGGACAAAGAGUCUGAGAACAAGGGGGCAGUGUGCUGUAGGCUUAUAUCAGUGAGUGCUCGAACAGGGAGUAUUUGGUGGGAUGUACAGUAGUCGCCUUAUAUCAGAAACAGUGUGGGACCAGCAAGCUUUAGAUUUGAGGAUGGCUUAUGUUAUGUUUAGAAUGUUGUUAGUGCACAAUGAUAAUAAAGGGAGAAAACUGAAACUAAGCAUGAAGGGAGGGUGAAAUCAACUGAAAGGGCAACAGUAGAUCAUGUGGAGAAAGGCUAUAGCAUAUGCACACUUGCGCCUGCCUUGCUGGUGUUCGUCCAGUUUCUGUCUUAAAUAACAGCAGAAACCUGUUGGAGAGCUAUCAAACUGCUACUGUUGUUUUCAGGAAGUCUUCAUUUGUUUUGCUGUCACAGUAUAUUUUCAGACAUUUGGUAGCUCUCAAGCAUGUAAUAUUAAGUACAAUAUGUGCAAUCCAGUUGGCAAAGCUUCAUCAGUUGUCUGUUCUCAGCAAAUUCUAAUCCAGAGACUCCAUUGUUUAAUUAUUGGAAUCAAUUCAGUUCCUCAGCUAAUACCGUCUUGUGUAUUCCAUAUUCCUUUUUAAAAUGCUUGUUUUGUAAUCCAUUCCACUUUAGAUGCAGGUUCCACUCCAGUCAUUCCAAUAUUGCCAGACAUUCUGUUCUGUCCACUCUGCUUCUCUUAUUAUAGAUAACUCAAACUUAAUCCAUUCCACUGGUGCGUCUUUUGCAGUUCUGCAUUUAAUGUGCAUUCUAUAACCACAGCCUGUUUUUAGAAUAAAAUACCCAGUUUGGAAAUAAGGGUAAGUGGGCUUUUAUUAUGUGUAAUCUUUUGGAUGACUAUUAAAUAGUGUAAAGUAUCAAGUGCAUCAUUUGGAGCAACCAAUGUUUUGUUUUAGUUGAACACUACAAAUGCUCAUUUGCAAAUUAAAGAAAAAAGUUUAUCAAAUUCUCAUUUGGAGCAUACAUGUGUAAAAACUAUUUUUAUUCAAACAACAAGACAGGGUCUAGGGGUAAAAACCUGGUGGCCAGGUGUCCUUUCAAAUAAUUUCAAGACCUUACAUUAAAAGACCCCAUACCCCCAGAGAUCUGUUGUGUACAGUAGGUAUCCUGAUUUCACAGCCUCUUGUUGUAUUGUGAGCUAUGAACACUUAUAUUAACCAGCGACGAUGAAAGGAAUUGAAUCUGGUUAGGAUACUUUUAACAAAAAGGUUUCUGGUUUAAUGUAAUUGAAACCAUAAGUCUAUACCCACUCUUAAAGUCCUGUAGUGUGCAUUUGAAAGACACUUGUCUUAUAACUAUUCCUGGAAACAUGUUGCUUUACUUAUGAUGAGCAAUAAAGGCAUCUCUAAAAGCAGUUGUAUUGUUACAAAUGAGUUACUCAUUGUUUAGUUAGCAUACCGUACAUUGAAACUAAUGACUGAUUGAUAGAAAUAAGAAGUUUAAUUUGAAAGUAUAUGUGAUGAAGUGGUUACUGCUGGGCAAUAGCAUUUUUAAGUAAAUACUUUUCAUUUCUAGGUCAGACACACCAGCAUUGAAAGUUUAAGGUCUUAAAAGUUUAGCAACGGUUACAAUUCAUUUUCCUACCAUGAAUAGACUUCUGUGCUGUUUUCCCUGCCACGCCGAUUACUGUUUAGUUGAUCUUUUCAUUUCUUCAUUUUUAAGGAAUAUCUUUGAGGUACUAAAGAGAAGCCCUCACUUCUGUGUGUGCUGUGUGCUCUGCCUAGCAAUGAAAACACAGGGAAUCUUAAUAGUUACAGAUCAACAUGGAGGAGAGGGCUGGUCUAUAGUAUUGAAACCUCUAAGACUUUUGAAAGUGAAGAAGUUGACUAGGACAUGAGAACUUCUACACAAUAAUGAGGGGAGUAUUGAAAAUCUCACUGAAGCAAAUGGGGAAAAUAUACAGUAUACACUUUAACAGACUUGCAGUUGAAGAAACGGGAUACACUAGUUCCUCCUGUGAAUGUGGGUGUACCUUGUAAUAGCAUCAAGGAGAUUUUUAAAAAAGAGGAAAAUUGGGACUGUUUUAUGUGUUGUAUUAAUUUUAUAUUUAUUGUUUAGUUUUAAAGAGAAGAAUGUUACUGUGGUAUGUUUUAAGUUUGUGUUCCAUUUUGUAAUGGACAGACUUCAUUUGGAUGUCUGUUUUGGUUUGUACCGCUAUCUCACUUUUCUGUACACUAUCCCACCCCCACUCUCUCUUCUUUUCUAUUCCCAUUCCAGUUUUCUUUUAUGUCCCCCAACCCCUCAUACCUCCACCCCCGCCUCCUGCCUUUCUUCAGCCCAUUUCUUUGGGGGGAGUUUCAUUUCACUUGUAAAUUUGUACAAUUGAAAUAUUGUCAGUUUGCUAGAAAGCAUGGAGACAAAAAAAAAAAAUAGAAAAUGAAAACAAAUAAGUAAAAAACACAUUUUGAUAGAUGAAAUUCUGAAAAAAGAUUUAUUUCUGUGUAAAAAUAUUUAAAAGGCUGUAUUAUAUUAAAUGCAGAAAGGUAAAUGUAUUUGUUGUGAAUAUGAGAUACUGCUAUUAAAGAGUGCAUGGAAACACUG